AUGAGCGACGGACAGCAAACAAAAGUAUUGGUCGGCUGGGUAUACAAUCUACGUAAAGAUCAAGUCGAAGAAGAAUUAAAAAAACGUAACGUCGACUUCGAUGAAAACUCGAAUCUAAACGAGUUACGUAAAUUAUUAGCGCAGACGCUAAGAUCAGAAAAAAAUUUACAAGACGAGCAAGUAGACCAGAAAGAGGAAAACCCAAGCCACGAAAACGUACACGAAGAAACAGAAACAGAAAGCUCACACUCCGAUACAGAGUCAGAAAUGUCGGACACACCGAAACUAGAAUUCCGUCUAGAUAAAGGAGACUGGGAAACGUUCGCAGAUCGAUUAGAAGUAUAUUUCUUGGCGAAAGGUACUGUAGACAAUAAAAAAGUAGCUACCGCGCUUACGAAAUUCGAUGAAGAGGCUUUCAAGCUACUCAAAAGCCUAUGUGCACCAAAAAAACCAAUAGAAUUAACAUAUGAAGAGUUAACGAAAAUGAUGAAAGAGCAACUUAACCCGGCCCCAUCUGAAGUAAUGGAGCGUUGCAAUUUUAAUAGAGCGAAGCAAGAACAAACGGAAUCGAUAGCGGAUUUCGCAGCGAGAUUAAAAAAAUUAGCAUUGAAUUGCAACUUCAAAGAUCAACUCCAAACAGCAUUGAGGGAUCAAUUGGUUUGUGGAUUGAAGGAUCAUGAAACAAGAGUUGAACUUUUUAAGAAGACGAGUUUAACAUUCGACACGGCAUUCACAGAAGCAGUGGCCAGAGAAAAGGCAGUGCAAAAUGCGGAGGGAUCGCAAAAAACCGAUGUUUUUGAACACUACGUAGAAAACGUAUUAAAACCUGUAGGCUCGCUAGAGAAUUUGCAAGUAACUUUAAAUGAUAAAACGAUUAAACUAGGAUGUUUCGUCCUACCCGGUAAAGGUCCACCGCUUAUAGGGAGACAAUGGUUAGCAGCAUUCGGUUUAUGGCCUCUGAUGGCAAACUCAACGAAUUCUAUAAGCUUGAAUAAAAUACAAGAUUGUAAUAUACCAAGCAUACGCGAACAGCUAGUAAUCGAAUUUAAAUUACUGUUCGGAGAUACACCAAGUUUAUUCAAUAAAGGUAAAUUAAAAAUCUAUUUAAAGGAAAAUGCUAAACCAAUAGCCCUAAAAGCGAGACACGUAGCUUAUGCGAUGAAGCCACUAGUGGAGGACGAAAUAUCACGGUUAGUACGUUUAGGUCACUUAGUACCAGUUGAAUCGAGUGAAUGGGCGACGCCUAUUGUAAUCGUAAAUAAAAGCGACAACACAAUUCGCAUUUGCGGAGACUACAAGUUAUCGAUAAACGAAUAUAUCAUUGUUAAUAAGCACCCGCUUCCGCGUAUCGAAGAUGUGUUUGCAGCCAUGCAAGGUGGAAAAAAAUUUACAGAAUUAGAUUUAGCGCACGCGUAUAUGCAAUUCGAGGUCGAAGAGAGUAGUCAACAGUAUUUGACGAUAGCAACGCAUUUAGGCUUGUAUCGAUAUACUAAAAUGCCGGAAGGUAUAAGUACUUGCCCGGGUGAUUUUCAAACAUUUAUUGAGAAUACUAUAAGAGGUGUUAAGAACACUACAGCUUACUUAGAUAAUAUAUAUGUAACGGGGUCAACUUAUGAAGAACAUUUAGAAAAUUUAAAGCAAGUAUGUACACGUUUACAAGAAAGUGGUUUUGCUAUUGAUAAAGAUGGACUGCAUAAGUCGAGCUCAAAAGUGAAAGCAAUAGUAGAAGCACCAAAGCCAGAGAAUGCAAAACAAUUGCUAUCUAUAUUAGGAUUAAUAAAUUUUUAUGAAAGAUUUUUAGAACACAGGUCAGAUAAAUUAAAACCGCUGUAUGACUGCGCGAAUAGCAAGGAAUUUUUCUGGUCCGAGGCAUGCGAUAACGCUUUGAAGGUUAUUAAAGAAGAACUAAUUUCUCCUCGCGUACUCGCACACUACGACCCGAAUGAACAAUUAGUUUUAGCUUGCGAUGCCUCCGACUACGGCUUAUCGGCGAUUCUAUCGCAUAAAUAUAAGGACGGAUCAGAGCGACCUAUCGCGUACGCGUCGAAAAGAAUUCCAAAAAAAGAAAUGCAUCGAGCCAUCAUCGAUAAAGAGGCAGCAGCAAUCGUAUUCGGUUUUAAAAAAUUUUAUGAUUAUAUUUUUGGCAAAGAAAUCAUUUUGCGAACAGACCACGAGCCAUUAAAGCGAAUUUUUGGGCCUAAGACGGGAAUCCCAUUAACAGCGACUAGCAGAUUGCAAAGAUGGGCAUAUUUAUUGUCAGGAUUUAAAUACAAAAUAGAGCACAUUAAAUCGAAAGACAACGGAAACUGUGAUGCGCUAUCUAGAUUGCCGAUCGAAGAUGAUUCGGACGUAUUCGAAUCCAAUUAUACAGCAAUUAAUUACAUAACAAGCGAACUAGACAUCUUAGAUAGUAAUGCGAUAGCCGCAGAAACUAAAUCAUGUAAGGUUUUAAGUAAAAUAAUGAUGUACAUAACAAGCGACUGGCCGUCUUACGAUAAACUUACAGAUCACGAAAAAAAAUAUUAUUCGAAAAGAUCGGAAUUUUUUGUAGACGAAAACUGUAUAUUGUGGGGCCAUCGAGUCGUGGUACCAAUGUCAUUGCAACCGUUUGUAUUAAAAGAACUACAUUUGUCACAUUUAGGAAUCGUUAAAAUAAAAAUGCUAGCCCGAUCCUAUGUAUGGUGGCCCGGUAUCGACAACGACAUAGAACAAUUAGUUAAUUCCUGUAAAGUCUGCUUGGAGGAGAGGAAAAAGCCACCAAACAUUCCAUUAACACCAUGGCCGUGGCCGAAUAAAGCGUGGAGUCGCAUACAUUGUGACUUUCUAGGACCGUUCAUGGGUCAUAUGUACUUAGUUGUUAUUGACGCUCACUCCAAGUGGCCUGAAGUAAUCGAUUUUCACAAUAAUACUAAGGCAGAAAAACUCAUUUCAAAGUUUCGCGAUAUUUUUGCACGACAUGGUCUCGCGAAUCAUAUUGUUACGGACAAUGGACCGCAAUUCACUAGCGACUUAUUUCAAAAUUACUUAAAAAAACUCGGUAUCAAGCAUACGUUUUCUCCACCCUAUCAUCCUGCUACAAAUGGAGCAGCCGAGAACUUUGUAGGAAUAUUUAAGGACAAAGUCAAUAAAAUUGUAAAGGGAGGAAGAGCGUUAGAAGAUGCUAUAAAUAUUUUCCUAUUCGAUUACCGUAGCGUUCCGCACAGCACAACAGGAAAAAGUCCUGCGUUUUUGAUGACGAAGCGAGAGAUGCGCACGCGCUUCGACUCUUUGCGACCUCGCACAGAAAACACUGUUUACGAAAAACAGCACGCUCAAAUAGUGCAGCGCAAGGGUUCUCGUAGGGUAUCACUCGAAGAAGGAGAUACUAUCAUGAUUGAUAAUUACGGUAAAGGUGAUAAAAAAAUAGAAGGAACCAUAGUAAAACAAUUAUCUCCUUCUACGUAUGACGUCCAAAUAAAACCCGACAAAAUAUGUAAGAGGCACGCGGAUCAAAUAAUAAGCGUCGCGCCUGGAAAGAAAACUGUACGUCGAUCCGAGCGUUUAAAAAACAAAUGUAAAGUGUCAUCUUAA